AUGGCAGACGAUCAGCCGCAACCCCGCAACCGCAAGGAACGCCGCGCCGCCGCCAAAGCCUCCGGCACGCCUCUCUCCUCCGCCAAAGCACCCAAGCCCGCCGCUCCGACCGCAUCCAAGCUGGACUUCUCCCAAUCCACUCCAGCCGACAACGCCUCCUCGGCCACCGAAAACGACCUCGGCAUCCCCAUGGCGCUGCCCGACUUCUCCGGGCCGAAGGGCAAGACGCUCUACGAGAUCGCCGAGGAGCGCAUGCGCGAGCUGCACCGGACAGGCAAAGACGUGUCGAGCCUGGAAGGCGAGCGGGUCGAGUUCCCCGUCGAUGGCAAGGGCGAUGCGAUGCGGGUGUCGGGCGAGGACGACUUCGGCCCCGUCGCCGAGGCGCUGCUGUACGCCUUCACGCUGACGGCGCUGCACUUCACGCUCGACGUGCUCGUGCACAACCAGUACCGCGAGCGCAUCGCCUGGGCCGAGAUCUGGCCGCGCACCGCGCAGGUCGCGCCCAUCCUGUGGCUCGUCGUGUACAUGUUCAAGACGCCGACGGCGAUGCGGUUCCCCAUGCUCAGGCAAUGGGUCUUCUUUGCCACGGCCGUGGCCGCGGGGUGUUAUUGCGUCUAUGUGGGCAACGCGUUUGGAUAUUACGCCGUCAUGAAGCAGGCACCGCCGGUGGGCGUGUUGUGGAUAUGGACGGUGGUGGAACUGGAUUUGUUUUACGCUGCGGGCAGCGUGGUCAUUGUUCUGGGCUACACGUGGUGGAAUAGAUUCGGGCUGUUUUGA